AUGAAAUACUUACAAAAACUUGUUAUUCAAGAACUAUCAUGCUCCUCAUCAAUACGAAAUAUAGAUUUCAUUGAAAAAAUUUUUAAUAUAAAAAAUAACUUCUUAACUGAUAUUAUAUUUGAUUAUGAUUGUGAUUCAUUUGAUUUAAUAAAUCAUCCUAUAAAUAAUAUUAUAUGUCAUAAUAUUCUUUCUUUAACUAUUCAACUUGAUACAUUAAUGGAUUUAUCAUCGCUUAUUUAUUUAAUACCAAAUAUACAUCGACUUGAUGUAUCAUUUAAAAAUUCAUCAUUAAGCAAAGUACCUUUUAAUAUUACACUUCCAUUUCUGAAAGAAUUUUCUGUAUGGGCUGUUCAUUGGUAUUCACAUUUAGAUGAUCUUAAAUCAUUACUUCAAAUUGUACCUUCAAUUGAAGAAUUUUCUUUAACAAUAUCUACUCGUGAUUUUAAUUUAAUUAAUGGUACAAAACUUGUUUCUAUACUUCCUUCACAAUUAAAACAAUUUAAUUAUACUGUUUGUUAUUAUCCAUGUGAAAGUUAUGAUAAUUAUAAUAUAGAUAUCAUUAAAACAUCAUGGCAAUCUAUUCCUAUUAUAUAUUCAAUAAGUGAUAUUGAUAAACGAAUAUUUCUUCAUACAUUACCAUAUUGUUCUUCUCGUUUGACAAUAAGAUCGAGUUUAGCUAAAAAUAUGCCUAAUAAAGAUAUGCAUCCAAUUUAUUCAAAAAUUGAUCAAAUUCAAGUAUAUUCAAUGAUUAAUCUUUCGGAUACAUUUCCUAUUAUAGGACAAUGUCGUCGUGUACGUGAACUAACUCUUUUGACAGCAAAUGAAUCGAAAACAUCAAAUUCACAAUUUACAUCUUCAGGUAGAUCAAGAAUUAAAGAUUAA